AGGCAAUUGCGACCACAGUGCUGCAACAUCCCGAGGCCAGCCUGCACCCCUGCGCCUGCGGAGACAGCGACAGUGCUAAACAAAGAACAUUUCAACCUCACACAAAGAAACGACAAUCAACAGCCCUCAAUCCGCUACUCCUACCCCAUCAUCUCGUAGACACCAACCAUCUUCACAAUCUAUUUUUCCCCAACUUGCACCUACAAUGCCGCCCAACCGUGCACUCAACUCUACAAACUGGCGAUCCCAAGACGUCGAGCCAAGGGCAUCGAGCCCAGGCCAGCAGACCCCACACCGCGACCAACGGCACGAGCGAAACCAGCGGGAGAAGCAGCGACGCGUGCGGAAAGAGCAGGAGACGCGCCACGAGCCAACGCAGCAGACCACAGAAGGCCCGCGUAUCUAUGUAGGAAACAUGCCAUACACGGCGCAGCGACGCGACGUAGCGCAGCUGUUCGAAGCAGCGGGCUUCUCUAUUGUCAACAUCGACAUCUCCAUCGACCCCUUCACCUCCCGCAACCCCUCGUACUGCUUCGUCGACCUCCCCACCACCGAAGCAGCUACAACAGCCAUGCAGACGCUCGCCGGCGUGACCUUCCUCGGCCGCCCGCUAAAAAUCAAACCGUGCGUGCAGAAGCGCACUUCUAGCUCAAGACUCCACUCCGAAACCCUAGUUUCCACGCGCUGGCGCGAGAGCGCUCGGCCAACUGCGGAGCUCCUAGAGCCAACCAGCGAAGGACGAAGAUUGUGGGUCGGCGGGCUGCCCAAGCCGCUCGAUCAACAUACGUCGGACCUGGAGCUCCGGGAUUUGUUUAGGGGGUUCGGGGUGCGGGCUGUGUCGAAGGUUAAGUCGCCUGUUGGUGAUCUGAACAUGCGUGCGGGUGGGAAUGGCUGGUAUGCUUUUGUGGACUUUGAGAGUGCGGAGGAGGCGGGUAGGGCGGUGGAGAAGAUUGAUGGACGAGAGAUGUGGGGUGGGAAGGUGAGGGUUAGUGUUGCGGUUGGUGGGUCGGCGAAGCGGGUGGAGGAGAGGGAGACGGAGCAGAGGAGGCCAUAGGGGGUUGAAUAGUGAGGUUAGGGAGGGAGAGCGUGGAACAUGGAGGUCCUGUGUAAUACUGAGGAUGCGGCUUCGGGAUUGAGCGGCUUGAUGGUGGGCAGGGGGAUG